AUGCUCUCAUUCAUCCUGAUCCAGAAUCGCCAGGGCAAGACCCGUCUCGCGAAGUGGUACGCACCCUACAGCGACGAUGAAAAGAUCAAGAUGAAGGGCGAGGUCCACCGCCUCGUCGCCCCCCGAGACCAGAAAUACCAAUCCAACUUCGUCGAGUUCCGCAACAACAAGAUCGUCUACCGCCGCUAUGCAGGGCUCUUCUUCUGCGCCUGCGUCGACACAAACGACAAUGAGCUCGCCUUCCUCGAGGCCAUCCACUUCUUCGUCGAGGUCCUCGACGCCUUCUUCGGCAACGUCUGCGAGCUCGACCUCGUCUUCAACUUCUACAAGGUCUACGCCAUCCUCGACGAGGUGUUCUUGGCCGGCGAGAUCGAGGAGACGAGCAAGCAGGUCGUGUUGACGAGGUUAGAACACUUGGAUAAAUUGGAAUAA